AUGUAUGUCACAACACUCAUCUUCCUACUCUCCUUCCUCCUUGUCUACUACUUCAUCAUCCCCGUUAUCAACUAUAUCUGCGACCCCAAAGGUCUCCGCAAGUACCCCAACCUAUCCAUCUGGUCAGGCAUAUCCGAUCUGCCCCUCGUCUACGAGUCGCACAAAGGAACUCGCUACAAGCGGCUUCUAGAGGCCCACAAAAAACACCCCGUCGUGCGGAUCGGACCCAAUUCACUCUCCUACGCAGACCCAGAUGCCAUCAAAGACAUCUACGGCCAUGGCACCACCUGCACAAAAGACAUCUUCUACUCCACCCUGGCGGGGUCUCAUUUCCACCUUGCCGACGUGGUCGAUAAGAAGGAGCAUGCACGCAAACGCAAGGUUCUCUCCAGUGCCUAUGCACUCAAGAACCUGGAGACCUGGGAAUACAAAGUAGCCGACAUGACCCACCGCAUCAUCAAGGCAUUCGACCGACAAUGUACGGAUCCGCUGCCUAAAGGCCAUAUUCCUCCUGAAAAGGAUCUCACGAUAGAUUACCGCCUAUGGAGCAACCUGUUCACCAUAGCCGCCAUUGCGAAUAUCGGUCUGAGUGAGGAUAUCAAGUUCCUCGAGCGGGGAAACGAUCUCAUCACCUCGGAAGCAAUGGAUGGGACGAUCAAGAAGGUGUGGUUUCGGGACUGUCUGUUUGCUACGGGAUCAGCCACCGCUACCUUUGUGUGGUGCUAUGAUUGGUACAAAGCCCUAGUGCGAGCGAGCAAGGUGCUGUCUCCGACGUACCACAGGAAGUGGAAACUAAACAAGGACUGGGAUGGAAUUGUCUACAACCGAGCUACGACACGGUGGAAACGGUAUCAGGAUGGAGAGAAGCUCGAUGACUUCUUUUCUGCCCUCAUGGCGGAUAAGUCAAACAACCCACAUAAUCUGGAAUGGGGCGAGAUUGUCGCAGAAGUGAGUAUCAUGAUGAACGCCGGGUCUGAUACGACUGGGAUUGCCUUGAGCAAUGUUAUGCUUCUGCUUUUGACGAACCCGCAAUGUCUUGCGAAGCUCAGAGAAGAGAUUGAUGCUGUGCUGGAUGAUGAUGAGAUUGUUGCACCUUAUGAUAAGGUCAGGCAUCUUCCGUAUCUUCGGGCCUGUUUGGAUGAGAGUCUCCGGCUAUACCCACCGGUGUCGUUUGCUCUUCCACGACGCACGCCCCCUGAGGGUACUACUAUUUUGUCUGAUCAUGUUGCUGGAAAUACCUCGGUGGGUAUCUCGGCAUAUGUGGUCCAUCGCAAUGAGUCCAUCUUUCCGGAUCCAGAGUCCUUCCGUCCGGAGCGAUGGCUCGGUGAGCAGGGGAAGGAGCUGCAGCCGUAUUUCGUGCCUUUCAGCACGGGAGCUAGAGGCUGUAUUGGGAGGAAUAUCAGUUAUCUCGAGCAGACCAUUCUUAUGGCUUCGUUGGUGCAUCGGUUCGAAUUUGCCCUACCGUUUCCGGAUUGGGAACCGAAGAGGUACGAGACGACGAACCUAAGCUCCGGAGCGAUGCCGUUGAAGAUCUGGCGGAGGGUUUAGUUUGCCUUCAACUCCGUGCAUGCAUGAGUUGAUAAAUCUCUCACAUACUCCUCGACCUCAUGAUGACCAAAGAAAUCAAG